CAUCACUAGAUUAGAGGCUCCACUCUGUAGACUAUCAAUGUAUUGUAGGCCUUGGCAUAGCCACGGAACUUUUGGAACUCAGUAUUUGGUGGAGCUGAAAUUUUAGACUGAAACAUGUCUACUGACAAGAAGCCCAAGAAGAAGAAGGCGGAGUCUACUGUAGCAGAGACCAAUGGGACAGAAGCUAAACCGAAAAAAACUAAGAGUAAAAAAAAUGGAGAAUUGUCCACAGAGAACAGCCCGGCUGCUCAAAAUGGCGAGAAGGUGAAGAAAAAGAAAACGGAGAAGGAGAAAGAAAAGGAAUCGCUGCCAAAAGAAAAAGCUGAACCCAAAAAGAAAGCCAAAAGUGCCCCAAAGAAGAAGAAGAGCUCGACUGAAGAUGACGAUGAAGACGAUGAUGAUGAUGAAGAAGCUACUCCCCAGAAGAAGACGAAGAAAAAGCCCUCAAAGGACAGUUCUGAUGGAAAGGAAAAAGAAAAGGAAAAGAAGGCUAAAUCCAAAGAGGACAAAGAAGACAAAGACAGUAAAGCAAAGUCCAAAACCAAAAAGAAGGAGCCAGCCUCCAUGUUCCAGAUCAACGGAGACAAGCCCGAAACCAAGAGUAAAAAGAAAGCUGCCAAGUCAGAGAGUGACGAUGAGAGUGAAGCUGAGAGCAAAAGCAGCAAGAGCAAAAAGAAGAGUAGCUCAAAUCCAGCCUCCAUGUUCCAGACGGGUAGAGAGAAGGAAAAGGAGAAGGACAAAGACAAAAAGUUCAAAAAGUCCAAAAGUCCUGCAAAAGCAGAAGAGAGUGAUGACUCCGACUCUGAGGUCACACAGAAGAAGAAAAGGGGAAAAGGAAAAAAGGGGAAAAAGGAGGAGCGAGCACCUUCACCGGUCAUUGAGUUUGAGGACUUGGAGGAGUUUGUGCUUCAGCCAGCUCAGCAGGGCGUCACAGUGAAAUGCAAAGUGACCCGAGACAAGAGAGGAAUGGACCGGGGCCUUUAUCCCACCUACUACCUCCACCUAGACAAUGAGAAGAAGCAGGUAUUUUUGCUGGCGGGAAGGAAACGCAAGAAGAGCACAACCUCCAAUUACCUGAUCUCAACUGACCCCACUGAUCUCUCCAGAGGAGGUGAAAACUUCGUAGGUAAACUGAGGUCCAAUCUGAUGGGCACUAAGUUCACAGUGUUUGAUAAUGGACUACACCCAGACAGAGCCCUUCCAGACAUGUCAAAUGCAAGGCAGGAGUUAGCAGCCAUUAUCUAUGAGACCAAUGUCUUAGGAAUGAAAGGCCCAAGACGGAUGACUGUCAUCAUUCCUGGCAUGAACAAGGACGGAGACCGAGUACCUCUACGACCAAGGAGUGAAAACGACGGCCUUCUGAUUCGCCACCAGAACAGAAACAUGGAGAACCUGAUAGAGCUGCGCAACAAAACACCUGUGUGGAAUGAGGAGACAGCAUCCCACGUUCUCAACUUCAACGGCAGGGUCACACAAGCCUCCAUUAAAAACUUCCAGAUCAUACACAACAAAGACCAGGAAUACAUUGUGAUGCAGUUUGGAAGAGUUGCUGAUGAUGCCUUCACUCUGGACUAUAACUACCCUCUGUGUGCGGUGCAGGCCUUCGCCAUUGCCCUCUCCAGCUUCGAUGGCAAAAUCGCCUGUGAGUAAAAGCUCCCAGCCUUCAACACAGUGUGAGACAUGACCCACGACAAGCUCUUCAGCGUUAUUCUUCUAUGUGUCACUGAGAGGAUCUAUGAAUGAGAGUAAAGAUUAAGGUUCAAAUCUCUACAGAAUACAAGCAUGACCUUGAAGAGGCUCUUGUCAAAUCUCAGAUGGUGCACAUGCCAUAUUUUGCAUUAAGGGAAGAUAAAAUGAGACAUAGGCUAUCUGUUCUCUGGUAUCGUUUUUGGGGGGUGGGAGAUGGGUGAAAUACUCCAUUUGGAAACAAUCAGAUGUUAUGGUUGCAUCAAGAAACUCUGCUAUAGCUGUUUAGAUGUUACACUUACAUUUACAGCUCUUCUCUCCUGAUUUUACAGUAAGUUACAGUAUAAUUUAAACAUGACAGAUUCCAAGAAAAUAGCCAGUGUGAAGAAUCAUGGAGACUUUAUUAUUGUGGUUUGUGAUCAUUAUUUUUUAAUCCCUGUUUAAGACACUUUCCAAUAUAUUUCUCUGAUUGAUUUUUAUGUAUUUUGCCGUAAAUGGUUUUUUUUUUUUUUUUUGCAAUAUUUUUCCCUCUGUGCAUGUGUGUGUGCUUGCAUGUGUAUUUCACAAAUCAUGUGCGUCUUGUUUGCAUGUUCUGUGCGUGUGCAGGCUUGUGAUUUACUGCUGUCUUCUUUUUUUUUCUCAUUCUGAUUUUUGCACAUGCCCAAAGAGGUCUCAUUAUUUCCUGAAACAUUUCUUCAUUUCCAAGUUUGUACCACCUAUUGUUGUCAUACUGAACUUCCAUUUUUGUUCCUUUGAUUUGUGUUGAUUGCCUUUUAUAUUUUAUUGCACCCUUGUUUGGGUUAUUGUGAGUUAUUGAGAUAUAGACUGGCUUAUUGAGAUAUAGGCUCUCAUAGAUAUACCAUCUUUCUUUCCAUCUGUAGGAGAAUAUACAAUUAAUGUAAGGUAGUAUAUAGUAAUUUGGCAUGAAAUAAAAGUACUUGCAUAAACUAUG